UCUUCGAAAAUUAGACGAAACAAAAUAUAUAGUUUAAAACGCUACACUUCUAAAUGCAUCUUUGAAAAGAAAACUUCUUCCUCGAAAUCUAUUAUUAACCAAUUCUGCACGUGGUUUGUAAAGACAUCGAAGAAAAUUUUCAAUUUACUAAACAAUAGACAAAGAUGCAUUGAAAUGAAAAGCAAACCUAUCGUUCAUUCAACGUUUUAAAAGAUUUACCCUUAAAAAUAAGAAAAACAAUCCUUGGAAGCUGUAAAAAUACCUAUGCAGAAAUCUAAACCUCAAAUUGAAAAUUAAACUCAUGACUUUUACAAGUUGCCUGUUGAAAUUUCGUUAUUUACCACACGUAAGAUAUAAUUUAUUUAGAUUCCAAAUAUAAAAUAUCUCCCUCUCUAAGAGACGUAAGAAUAAUAAAACAUUACCUCUAAAUAAACAAUCUACCUCUAAAAACUUGUACCUCGGAAAACCUAUACCUCUAACAUAAAAUGCUGAGAUGUACUAAAAAUUCUAUGACAUGGAGAAGCUCCGUAAACAAAAACCGAUUCUUGCCAUAUAUAUUUCAAACAUUUUUCAUUCUUACACUAUUUAUACUUAUUUUACUUCCAUAUUAAAAGAAAUGAUAAUUAGACGUAGGAAACUCGAAACACUUCUACAAUAAAGUUUCUUUUAUAAGCCACAAAACAUCUAUCUCUAAAACACAAUGCCAAAAUAUAAAGAUAAUGAGGAUCUGGCGGAGGCAUCGAAGAAAAAGAAAACUGUUCGUCAAUCAAUAAAGGAUAUAUUCGUGUCAAAAAACGGCACGAAAACAAAUAAAAGAGAUGACGACAGCGAUCGAAAAAGCAAUAACAAAGUACCCAAAGAUGACAGAUUUAAUAUGAACAACUUACAAGUGUGUAUUGAACAGGUUGAAGUGGACAACAGAUCACCAUGGUCCGAUAAUGAAUCUGACGGACUUCAGCCGGAAAUAUCUUGUGGAUGCAUAGUUAGGCCAUCAAGGUUCGACACCGAGUCGCCAAACUACCACAUAGCAUCGAAAAUUACAGGAACGUACUGCGUGCAACGAGUGGAAUUGGAUAAUACGCUUAGAAUGUCCCAGAAAGAAUCAGAUAUUCUCCAUCCAAGUUCAAAUGGAGGAUCAAGCGGAACAGGGACGGAAAUGCCGAUUGCCAAAAAAAGCUCAAAGCUCUCCAAGAUAGGAUCGAUAAUAUCACAAAAAGGGUCGGCGAUUUCUCGAAAGAUAUCUAAAAUAUCUCAUAAAAGUCCAAAGAUCAUCGAGCCUGAUGAUAUUCAAUCAGAGUUCAGUGUUUUCUUGGAUACAAUACUUCCCGACUCCAAGUUCAAAACGCCUCCUUUUAAAGAACUAAACGAUAGGAGUGCAAAGAAUGCGGAUUUAUCUACUUUUGACGAAUACGACGAAACCAAAUCUGCAGAUACCUCUGAUAAUAAAGCAUUGAAAUAAUUAUCUCUUGCUGUGUUUAGUAAGGUAGUGAUUUAGGCAAUAAUAUUGGAAGUAAUUUACGAUUCUUAUUCAAAUUAAUUGGCAAGAAUAUACGAGAGGAAGGAAUUGCAAUAUACAUCAACAAUAUUGAAGAGAAGUGGUCAGAAGCUGCGGAUAAGUUACUGAUAAGAAAGAGCUUAUAAUAUUGAUUUUCUCUGGACUGAAAUUUGUUGAA